ACGAUCCAUGAUGCCGAAAUCCUCGAUGUUCCCUAACAUUCCCAAGGUCAAGAGGAGCUCUACGUCCGACUCAGCCAGGUCGUCGAGAUCAACGAAGGCGAGCAAGACGAUACGAAGGGCGCUGAUCAUCGGGAUCACGUACAAAAACAGGGUGGGGGAGACACUUCGCAGUCCGCACACCGAUGCGCGAGCAUGGCGACAAGUCCUCAUCGACAAGUACCACUAUAAGGCGACCGAUAUCACCCUCAUGCUCGACGCCGAGGAAACCCCCAAGAACCUCGUGCCGAACAAGGAGAAUCUCCUCCACGAGAUCAAGGCACUGGUAGCCGGAGCCCGCCCUGGGGACCGGUUCAUGUUCUACUAUUCGGGACACGGUACUCAGAUUCAGAGCAAGAGCAUCAACGAGGACGACGGGUUUGACGAAGCAAUUGUUCCCUACUCUUCCUCCAAUGAUGUCGAUCCCAUACUCGAUGAUGUUCUCCGAGAAUUGCUAGUCGAUCCCCUCCCAGUGGGCGCCCACCUAACGUGCAUCUUCGACUCGUGCUGUUCAGGCACUCUGCUGGAUCUGGACCACUACGCGUGCAACAACGUCUACUUUCCGUGGGUCAACAGGGGAAAGCGCGACCUUCGGUUGACGCGUCGUGCUGUUCUGCGACGCAAGACAGUCGUGGAUGACCAUAUCGUCAAGGUGGAUCUCAAGGCAUCGGAUGAAAUCUCGUUGACCGGAACAGACAAAUCGCACUCAGCUGCAUUAGGCGAGCCGCAGCCAUGUCUCAAGAUUUGCGAGCGGACGCGCUCCAAAUCUCAAGUCAUCCUCAAGCGCGAUCAGGUCAUCAACGACCUUGCUACGGCGGGCGCGACGAGUGGAAGGCGCUUCAUUAUCACGCGCUCGUCGACGCUGGAAGUCCCUCGCCAUGGCGAUCCUGUGGCAAUUGAGAAGAGAAAAGCGCGACGGGUAUUCUCAAUCCCCCACAAGUUCACGUUCAAGGGAAUCUUCUUCAAGCGCUGUGCCGAGCCCGAAACUUACCUCCCCUGUGACGGUUUUAAAUGCAAGCCUGAAUCACAAAGACCAAAAGCACAUGUUAUCUCAAUAUCCGCAUGUCAAGACGCCGAACAAACUUGGGAAAGUAGAAAAGGCCCAACAAUGACCCAGUCGAUGAUCAAAUGCCUAAGUGAGUCUCAACGUCGCGCGCAGAUCUAUGAAAUUUCAACGUUUUUCUCACCUAAUAGACGUGACUCCCUACAUGCCUCUUCGCAGACUUAUCGAACGAGUUGGGUGCGUGGUCCUUACGUCUCAGGACCUAUCAGCAUACCCAAUGAAAUGAUCUGCGUAGACAUAAUAUACAUCAAGAAACGACAUUGAGGCUGCACGAUUGGAGUCAGCGGCGGUUGGUGGCGUGGCGUGCAAAACACGAGCCCGGAGAAGAACUGGGGUCUCGAUUUGAGAUCUUCAACAGUCCUCAUCCCCAAAUCGGAAGUAUGAACGUACUCGUGCACGAUGAGCCGUUCCGGGCAUAAUGCAUUACGUAUACUGUGUUCACCGGCGGAUAUGAACACUCUUCUGGGUCCUCAUUUCAUUUCCGGAUCUGUGGAUUCCACGGACAUCUUGCAUCUUCACUUACCAAUAGUUGACUUGUAUGCACCCGGCUCCUUUGUUCGCUGAUGCGUGCUUGCGCAGCAUAUGCCCCUGCUUCCCAUGCUCUCGUAUACCUCUGACUGUAAAGCCAUAAGCUACAUACCAUACUGGC